AUGUACAUCAUCGGUGUUGAUGUAGGUGGAACAAAUACAGAUGCGGUUCUCAUACGAAUCGAGUCGGGAAUUUCGCCAGUAGUCGUAGCCACGAAUAAAACAACGACGACUGCCGAUGUAUUUUCUGGCAUGCUUCAUUCUGUUCGACAAGUCGUUCAAGAUGUUGAAGUAACUGCGGUGAUGGCUGGCACGACUCACUUCAUCAAUGCUCUUAUUCAACGACGAAAUCUUGCAAAAGUAUGCAUCUUGCGUCUCUGUGGACCAGCUACGCAUUCCCUUCGGCCGAUGUCCAACUGGCCAGAUGAUUUGAGGCAACAGGUUGAUGGUAUAACAGCACUCGUUUCUGGUGGAUAUUUCUAUGAUGGAUCGCCCAUUGCCUCUUUGGAUGAAGAGGAGAUUCGUGGGAUUGUUCGACAAGCUCUUGCAAUGAAUAUUCAGUCGUUUUGUGUUUGUGGUGUGUUUUCUCCAUGUCGAUCCGAUCAAGAGAAACGUGUUGCGGAAAUCAUCCGUGAAGAAUCGCCGGAUGUGUACAUUACAGUUUCGCACGAAAUCGCUGGUCUCGGUUUGAUUGAACGCGAAAAUGUAUCGAUCCUCAAUGCGUGUCUUCGUCCAUUAGCACUUCGUACAAUGAAAGCAUUAAAACAGGCACUCCCAAAUGGUUUGCCAUUAUUUCUCACCCAAAAUAACGGCACUCUAUUAUCAUUGGAACAGUGCGCUCGUUUACCUGUUUUCACUUUUGCAAGUGGAUGA